AUGACAAACUCAUCAUGGGCCUCCGCUAUUCCUCAAGCUCAGGGACUCUAUAACCCAGAUCUCGAAAAGGAUGCUUGCGGUGUUGGUUUUAUCGUACAUGUAAAGGGUUAUCGCUCGCACAAGAUUGUCAGUGAUGCCAAUGAUGUGCUGUGCAAUAUGACACAUCGUGGUGCCAGUGGUGCUGAUAUUAGGGAUGGCGAUGGUAGUGGUAUCCUGACUGCUAUUCCCCACCAAUUCUUUGUCAAUGAGACAUCUCGUGAGCUAGGCAUCACUCUGCCCAAAGAAGGUCAUUAUGCGGUAGGCAAUCUGUUUAUGAAGGAUGUUGAGGAGUGUCAGCAGGUCUUUGAGAAAUUAGCCGACGCUCUGGAUCUCAAGAUUCUUGGAUGGCGUCAAGUCCCAGUGGAUUCCACCAUUCUAGGCCCCAGCGCCAAAUCAAAAGAGCCUGCCAUCUUUCAGCCUUUCAUCGUGCUCAAGAAUAGCAACGCAUUCGACGAAGCUUAUUUCGAGCGUCAAUUGUUUGUCUUGCGCAAACAUGCCACCCAUACGCUUACCAUGAAAAAGUGGUUUUAUAUCUGUUCAUUGUCCAAUAAGAUUAUUGUUUACAAGGGUCAAUUGACUACGAAGCAAGUGUUCUUGUACUAUUAUGAUCUGGUUAACGUUCAAUAUACCUCUCAUUUGGCUCUGGUCCAUUCUCGAUUCUCUACAAACACAUUUCCCUCCUGGGAUCGUGCUCAACCUAUGCGUUGGUCUGCUCACAAUGGUGAAAUCAAUACAUUGCGUGGUAACAAGAACUGGAUGCGAUCUCGUGAAGGCGUCAUGACAUCUGACAAGUUUGGCAAUGAGUUGGAUCUCCUGUAUCCUAUCAUUGAAGAAGGCGGUUCUGAUUCUGCUGCAUUUGACAACGUGCUGGAGUUGUUGGUGGUCAAUGGUGUCUUGACCCUGCCUGAAGCUGUCAUGAUGAUGGUUCCCGAAGCCUGGCAAAACAACCCUGACAUGAACCCCGAAAAGAAGGCGUUUUACGAAUGGGCUGCUUCUUUAAUGGAGCCUUGGGAUGGCCCUGCCCUAUUCACUUUCUCUGAUGGCCGUUUUUGUGGCGCUUCUCUUGACCGCAAUGGCUUGCGUCCUUGUCGUUUCUAUCUGACCUCAGAUGACAUUAUGGUCUGUGCCUCUGAAGUGGGCACCAUGUUUGUUGAACCUGAAACUGUGGUGCAAAAGGGCCGUCUUCAACCUGGUCGUAUGUUAUUGGUGGACACUGUCAAGGGUAUCGUUGUGGACGAUACACAAUUGAAGUUGGAAACAGCUAGCAAGAAGCCGUUUGUCGAAUGGAUCAAGAAUAACAAGAUCAGCUUGCAAGAUGUUGUCACUGCCACCAAGAGCAAUGCUAAAACGAUUCAACUGGAUGAUACAACCAUCAGAACAGAUCCUCGCUUAAAGGCAUUUGGCUAUACGCUGGAACAAUUUAAUCUGCUCAUGCUGCCCAUGAUCUCCAGUGGUAAGGAGCCCGUCGGUUCUAUGGGUAACGAUACAGUACUUGCCUGUUUAUCUGAGCAGCCUCGUCUCUUGUACGAGUAUUUCCGUCAACUCUUUGCCCAGGUCACCAAUCCCCCUAUUGAUCCCAUUCGCGAAGAAAUUGUCAUGUCUCUUGAGUGCUAUGUGGGGCCUGAAGGCAAUAUCCUUGAAAUGGAUGAAUCUCAAUGCCGUAAAUUGACCUUGUCAUCACCCAUCUUGAAGAUGGAAGAACUGGAGGCUAUCAAGGCCAUGUCAAGCGUGUUCUCUGACUGGAAAGUAGCUACCAUUGACAUUACCUUUGACAAAGCAGAUGGUGUGCAGGGCUAUAUCAAUGCUCUGGAGCGUGUAUGCGAACAGGUCUCGUCGUCUAUUGAUCAAGGCUACAAGGUGGUUGUUUUGUCUGAUCGCGCUGUCUCUGCUGAACGCGUAUCCAUCUCAUCUCUCAUCGCUGUGGGUGGUGUGCAUCAUCAUUUGGUCAGAAACAAGAAGCGUAGCCGCGUCUCUCUCAUGGUUGAAACUGCUGAAGCGAGAGAAGUCCACCAUUUCUGUGUUCUCCUGGGCUACGGUGCUGAUGCUAUUUGUCCCUACCUCGCCAUGGAGUCUAUGAUGAAGCUUCACAGAGAGCAUGCUGUUCGUGAAGGGCUGACUGUUGACAAUCUUAUUUUCAACUAUAUUGAUGCGGUGAAUCACAGUAUCUUGAAGGUCAUGAGUAAGAUGGGUAUUUCUACUUUGGCUUCCUACAAGGGUGCUCAAAUCUUUGAAGCUCUUGGUGUGGAUGACUCAGUCAUCAGUCGCUGCUUUGCUGGUACUGCCUCGCGUAUUAAGGGUGCUACACUCGACAUCUUGGCCUUGGAUGCUUUGACACUGCACGAAAGUGCCUGGCCCACACGUAACGUUGUUCAGCCUGUUGAUCUGCCUGAAUCUGGUGAAUACCAUUGGCGUGAUGGUGGUGAAGCUCACAUUGCUGAACCCUCUGGUAUUGCCAACUUGCAAGAUGCUGUCCGUCGUAAGAAUCAAGACUCUUACGAUGCCUAUGCCAAGAACGCGCAUGCUGCCAUCAAGAAGUGUACUCUUCGUGGCAUGCUCGAAUUCAACUUUGAAGGUUGCAAUGAGAUUCCUAUUGAGCAAGUGGAGUCUUGGGAUUCUAUUGUCAAGCGUUUUGUCACGGGUGCUAUGUCCUACGGCUCCAUCUCUUGGGAAGCACACACUGCUUUGGCAGCUGCCAUGAAUAAGUUGGGCGGUAAAUCCAACACAGGUGAGGGCGGUGAGAAGCCUGAAAGAUCUGAAAAGGAGAUUGACGGUGUCACGCUUCGUUCUGCUAUUAAGCAGGUUGCCUCUGGUCGCUUUGGUGUCACUAGUUUCUAUCUGGCUGAUGCAGAUGAACUUCAAAUCAAGAUGGCUCAAGGUGCUAAGCCUGGUGAAGGUGGUGAAUUGGCUGGUCCCAAGAUUUCCGAAGAAAUUGCCUCUACUCGUAAAACCACUCCUGGCAUUGGUUUGAUUUCUCCUCCUCCUCACCACGAUAUCUAUUCGAUUGAAGAUUUGAAGCAGCUGAUUUACGAUCUCAAAUGUGCUAAUCCUCGCUCUCGUGUGUCUGUCAAGCUUGUAUCCGAAGUAGGUGUUGGCAUCGUUGCUGCUGGUGUUGCCAAGGCUAAGGCAGACCAUAUCUUGAUUGCUGGUCAUGAUGGUGGUACUGGUGCCUCGCGUUGGACGGGUAUCAAGUAUGCUGGUCUUCCCUGGGAGUUGGGUCUUGCUGAAACACAACAGACAUUGGUGCUCAAUGAUUUGCGUGGCCGUGUCAUUGUUCAGACAGAUGGUCAAAUCAAAACAGGCCGUGAUGUGGCUAUCGCUUGUUUGCUGGGGGCUGAAGAAUGGGGUUUCGCCACUACGCCUCUCAUUGCCCUUGGCUGUACCAUGAUGAGAAAGUGUCACUUGAAUACAUGUCCUGUAGGCGUUGCUACUCAAGACCCUGAAUUAAGAAAGAAGUUCCAAGGCAAACCUGAGCAUGUCGUCAACUUUUUCUACUACGUUGCUGAAGAGCUUCGUUCCAUCAUGGCUAAGCUUGGUUUCCGCACAAUCAAUGAGAUGGUGGGCCAUGCUGAAUACCUCAAGGUCAAUGAUUCACUUCGUACCUUCAAAACUUCCAAUAUCGACCUGACGCCUGUGUUAACUCCUGCUAGUGCUUUGCGUCCCGGUGUCGCCACGCACAAUGUCACCAAACAAAGGCAUAAGCUCCAUGUGCGUCUUGAUAACUAUUUUAUUGAUGAGGCUGAACCUGUGUUCUCUGGCGUUGCAAAGACCGUCGAUAUCGAAGCUCAAGUGGUCAAUACGGAUCGUGCCUUGGGUGCCACUCUUUCUUAUAAUGUCUCUAAACGUUUUGGUGAGAAGGGCUUGCCCGAAGACUCUAUUCACGUUUCCAUGAAAGGCUCUGCUGGUCAAUCAAUGGGUGCUUUCUUGGCUCCUGGCAUCUUUUUUGAACUUGAAGGUGACUCCAAUGAUUACGUUGGCAAAGGUCUUUCUGGUGGUAAGCUGGCCAUUUACCCACCCAAAUGUAGCACAUUUAAAUCUGAGGAAAACAUCAUUGUGGGUAAUGUGUGUCUUUACGGUGCCACCAGUGGCAAGGCUUUCUUUAGAGGUAUUGCUGCUGAACGCUUUUGUGUUCGUAACUCGGGUGCCAUUGCUGUCUGUGAAGGUGUAGGCGAUCAUGGUUGUGAAUACAUGACCGGCGGUCGUGCUGUCAUCUUGGGCCCUACUGGACGAAACUUUGCUGCUGGUAUGUCUGGUGGUAUUGCUUAUGUAUUGGAUGUCAAUGGCAACUUCCGCAAUAUCGCCAACACUGAAUUGGUGGAUCUGGAGACCGUCAAUGAUGAUGAGCGUGUGUCUGAACUGCGCGAUCUUAUUGAAGACCAUCGCCAUUACACUGGCUCUGAAGUUGCUGAUCGUAUCCUCAAGAACUUUAAUGAAUAUCUUCCCAAGUUUGUCAUGGUGAUGCCUAGAGAGUAUGGUGAAUUACUGAAGCGCCAAAGAGACAUGCAGGCACAACCCAAUUCUGACAAAAAGUCUUGCGAUGAUACUGCUCAUGCACACAAAAAGAAGGAACCCAGCGUGGAAGAUGUGGAAGACAGUGUCUUGAACGAAGAAGAAAUCUUGAAGCGUCGUGAAAAGCUUGACAAGUUAAGAGGCUUCAUGAAGUACAAACGCAAGGCAGACCCUUACCGUGAUACCAAGAAGCGUCUGGGUGAUUGGGAAGAAGUCAAUGUCCGUCUUACUCGUCCUCAAUUGCAUGAACAAGCUGCUCGCUGUAUGGAUUGUGGCGUCCCUUUCUGUCAAUCUGAUACUGGCUGUCCUAUUGGUAACAUCAUCCCCAAGUGGAAUGAACUGGUCUAUAAGGAUAAUUGGAAAGAGGCUCUUGAUCGUCUCAUGAUGACGAACAAUUUCCCUGAAUUCACUGGCCGUGUGUGUCCUUCGCCAUGUGAAAGCUCUUGCGUACUCUCAAUAAACGAACCUCCUGUAGCCAUCAAGAGCAUUGAAUGUGCCAUUAUUGACUAUGCCUUUGAUAAGGGGUGGAUUGUGCCAACUCCUCCUGCCAAUCGCACUGGUAAGCGCAUUUCCAUCAUUGGCUCUGGUCCUGCUGGUCUUGCUGCUGCAGAUCAACUCAACAAGGCUGGUCAUUCUGUUACUGUCUAUGAUCGCAAUGAUCGUAUUGGUGGUUUAUUGAUGUAUGGUAUUCCCAAUAUGAAGCUGGACAAGAAGAUUGUACAACGUCGUGUGGAUCUUUUAGCUGCAGAAGGAAUCAAGUUUGUUCCCAAUGCUCAUGUGGGUGUAGAUGUGGAUGUCAAUCAGAUCCGUGAUCAGAGCGAUGCUUUGGUUGUUGCUACAGGUGCUACUUGGCCUAGAGAUCUCCAAAUUCCUGGUCGUGAAGCAGAUGGUAUUCACUUUGCCAUGGAUUUCUUACAAGCCAAUACCAAGAGCUUGCUCGAUUCAGGAUUGAAGGAUGGUCAUUAUCUGUCAGCUAAGGAUAAACAUGUGAUUGUCAUUGGUGGUGGCGAUACUGGUAAUGAUUGUAUUGGUACAUCUGUUCGUCAUGGCUGUAAAUCUGUUGUCAACUUUGAAUUACUGCCUAAGCCUCCCAAUACGCGCGCAGAGGACAAUGCUUGGCCACAAUUCUCUCGUAUCUUCCGUGUAGACUAUGGUCAUUCUGAAGUCCAAACUCACUUUGGCAAAGAUCCUCGUGAGUAUUGCGUUCUUUCCAAGGAAUUCGUAGUAGAGAAUGGCUCCGUCAAGGGUAUCAAGACAGUGCGUGUUGAAUGGACCAAAGAUGAAGCUGGUCGAUGGGCAAUGACUGAAAUUGCAGGCUCAGAGCAAACAUUUGAAGCUGAUUUGAUCCUUCUUUCCAUGGGUUUCCUUGGCCCUGAAGAUGCUAUCGUUAAGCAAUUGGAGGUUAAGCAAGAUGGCCGAUCCAACAUUGAAACUUUGAAGGGUCGCUAUGUCACCUCUGUUCCUGGCGUUUAUGCUGCUGGUGAUUGUCGUCGUGGUCAAUCCUUGAUUGUCUGGGGUAUCAAUGAAGGCCGUAUGUGCGCUCGUGAGAUUGAUUUGCAUUUGAUGGGUAGCACCUGUUUGCCAGUAACCGGUGGUAUUAAUAGGCGUACGGCUGUUCAAGUGUCUGCCUAA